AUGGGGCCGGGCGCGAGCUCGGCAGAGCGGCGGCACCUGGGCCAGGAGGUGGCGGAGCUGGUCCUCAAGAGCGCGCCGCUGCUGCUCGUCGCCCUGCUGCUGGCGGUGCUGCCCUUCUCUGCAGCACAGGACGCCUGCAUGUUGGGGCCCUGGCAGGCGGGCGGUGGUGUGCCAGCGUACGCGACCCGCAGCGUCCAGGUGGCCAGCUGGGGCGACUUGCAGCAGUACGUGGACCAGGCGGUUGGGCCCACUGUGCUGGUGGUGCGGGCCUUGAAGCAGCCGCUGUCCGCCGCCAGGACUCUAGUAGUGUCCAAGCCAGACAUUGUCAUCACAACGGCCACAAGCUACGACCCCACGGGUGCAACCUUUGCUGGGCCCAGUAUCAGGGUGAAGUGUGGCGCGGCGAAGACGGCUGUGGCUAUCAAGGCGUCGGGGGUCGUGCUGCAAGGCUUCAACAUCACCGGCUGCACCACUAGCGCAGUCAGUGUCGCCUCUCCAGUGGCUGCGCGCGCGGUGGUGCUCUCAGAUCUUGAUCUGGUUGCCAACGAAGGCAUGACCGGCGCCGGCAUCUAUGCAACGCGCGGGGCGCUUGUUCUGCGCCGCUGUGCUUUGAUAGAGAAUUCCGCGCGAGACGCCGGCGGCGGUGUGUACGCGGCGGGCACGGCGGUCUGGGUGGACACCUGCGACAUGCAACGCAACGGCGCAGCCGCAGGCGGCGCGGUGGCGGUCAACGGCGGCCGCCUGCUUGUCAGCGGCAGCCAUCUAUUUGACAACAUCGCAGACGGCCUGGGUGGCGGCCUGAUGGUGCGUGGCGCGACGCUGCCAGCCGGCGGCUGCUGGGGCGCGCCGUCGAUUGGUGUGCGCGUGAUGUCGUCAAACAUCAGCGGCAAUGCGGCCGACAACGGCGGCGGCAUUGGUGUGCUGCAGUCUGCGCUGGUCGCGCAGGAUGUGCAGAUGUGGAACAACGGCGCGCUGAACCAGGGCGGCGCCAUCGCAGCCGCCGGCGCGGGCGCGGUCAACCUGACCGCGGUGGUGAUGGACAGCAACCGCGCCCGCAACGGCGGCGGCCUGCACCUGUCCGACGCCGGCCGCCUGAUUUUCGAGGGCGUCACAGCCCACAACAACACCGCGACUGCAGCGGGUGGUGUGCUGUACGUCAACGGCUCGGGCAGCUCUGUCCUGCUCAGCAACAGUCUGUUUGACUACAACUGGGCCAAGCUGCUCGGCGGCGUCGCGACCAUCAAGGACGGCAACACAGUUAACAUCUGGCGAUCCAAUUUCACGCGCAACGAGGCAGAGAUGGCGGCGGGCGUGCUGUACGGCCGCUACAUCAACGUCACGGUGGAGCAGUCGCGCUUCGCCCUCAAUUGGGCCGGCCGCGACGGCGGCGCGCUCUACUGCGCCGGCUUCUGCGACUGGCAGAUCCGCGCCAGCAACUUCUUCAACAACACCUGCCCCCAAAACGGCGGCGCGAUCUUUGGCUGGAACAUGGCCGCGAACGUGACGGCCAGCAGCUUCGACAUCAACGCGGCAAACGCGCUCGGCGGCGCGAUCUCCAUGGCCAACAGCACCAUCGUGAUUGAGGGCUGCAAGCUCUACGGCAACCAGGCCACCGGCACCGACGCCGCGGGCGGCGCGAUCUACAGCCAGUUCAGCACCUGGUCGGUUCUCAACUGCGACCUGCAGCAGAACCUGGCGCCCUGGGGCGGCGGCGUGUAUUUGGUCAACAGCACGCUGUCUGUGCUGGACACCCUCAUCGCCAACAACAGCGCGUUCAGCUCGGGCGCCGGCGUGCACGUGCUGAAUUCAGAGGCGGUGCUCACGACGACAGUGAUGCACGACAACCUGGCGCGGCUGCACGCGGGCAGCCUGUACUGCCAGGCGAGCGACUGCACCGUGGAGGAGGGCAACUUUUUCAACGAGAGCUCCAAGGGCGGCGCCGGCAGCGUGUUUGCCACCAGUGGCAACCUCACGCUCAUGUUCACCAACAUCACGGGCGGCUUCGCCGGCAGCAGCGAGGGCGGCGGCGGCGUGCUGCUGCGCGCCGCCAAGCUGCGCAUGCGCGGCUGCCGCAUCGCCGAGAACAGCGCGCUCGACGGGCCGGGCGGCGGGCUGCAGCUCGACAACGUGAAGGAGGCGUUUGUGGACAGCAGCUCCUUUGAGGCAAACAAGGCGGCGCAGGGCGGCGCGAUCGCCGCGAUCGCGAGCGUCCUCGCGCUGCGCCGCUCCAGCGUGCGCGCCAACGAGGCGAGCGUCGGCGGCGGCGUCGCGCUGCUCGGCGGCAGCCGCGCGCUGCUCAACUCGACGGACGUCGCCGGCAACCGCGCGGCCGUCGGCGGCGGCGCGGCGUCGGACAACUCGACGUUUGCGAUGACGCAGGGCAGCGUGGCCGGCAACGACGCGCGGUGGCUGCUCAACACGGGGCGGACCUACACCUUCGGCGGCCAGCCCACCCUGGCGGGCCUCGGCGGCGGCGUCUUCUCCCGCGGCGGGGCGCUCGAGAUCACCUCGGCGGACGUGGCGCACAACAGGGCCGAGGCGCACGGCGGCGGCGCGUACGCGGACAACGCACGGCUCGCAGCCACCAACGCGCACUUUGUCAACAACACCGCCGGCGGUGAGGGCGGCGCCGUCAAGCUCGCCAACGCGCAGCCGCGCAGCCGGGUCGAGGCGGGCGCGUUCCACAACAACACGGCGGCGGCCGGCGGCGCGCUGGCGGUGGUCACCCUCAGCAUCGGGACGGACCUGGAGCUCACCGCCUGCCUGUUCAAGAACAACACGGCGGCGCAGCUGGGCGGCGGCGCGGUGCGCGCCGCGGGGCCGAUGGCGCUGCUGAUCCAGGGCGGCGAGAUGGCCGCGAACCGCGCACGCGGCGGCGGCGGCGCCGUCCUGGCGGAGGGCGCCAAGAGCGUGCGCGUGCGCGGCGCGCGGCUGACCGGCAACCGCGCUGGCGGCGUCGGCGGCGCGCUCGCGGCCGAUGACUGCGGGGACGUGCUGCUCGAGGACACCGCCAUUGAGAGCAACGCCGCGCUGUCCGGCGGCGGCGCGGCGCUGGUCGAGGGCCACAGCAGCGUCGCCGUGCGCAACUGCACCGUGCGCGGCAACGCGGCGACGGGGCAGACGGCGGGGCCGGUGGUGGACUGCAGCGUGGGGGGGACGGGCGGCGGGCUGUGCAUCGACGCGGACUGCCCGGUGCUCCUCAACUCCUCGGUCAUCUCCAACAAUGUGGCCGAGAACGGAGGUGCGCUUGCCUUGAGCCUCUGCAGCGACCUGAAGCUCUGCACCCUCUCCAUGGGGCGCAUGACCUUCUCGAACAACACAGCCCUGCGCGGCGGCGGCGGCGCUGUGUUCCUCGGCUCCCCUCUGGAGCCGUCGCAGCUCGUCUGCAACGCGAGCGCCGACGCCGUGUUCCAGGCUUCGUCCGCUGAAGCUGGCAGCGUCAGCUCCGUCGCCAGCAACCUGCGGCUGGAGUCGAUGGAC